UUGCACGUUUUUGGAUGGUUGUGGAGUUUUUAUAUAUACUCCUCUCAAAAAGCCUGUUUCUUCCACUUCAUCGUUUCAAUUUAUUGCAUAAAUAACUCUCCCUCAUCUCUCCGUUUCUUGUGAUGGAGCACAAGAUCUACUACCCAUGGCAAAUCGACGAAGCAAAGAAGCAGAAAAAGGAAAUUCCCCAAUUCGAAGAAAUGGCGCGAAAAUCGAAGGUGUGUGCGAGAGGGCAUUGGAGGCCGCACGAAGACGCUAGGCUGAGAGAAGUGGUCGCCCAAUUCGGCCCCCAAAACUGGAAUCUCAUCGCUGAGAAACUCGACGGUAGAUCAGGGAAAAGUUGCAGAUUGAGAUGGUUCAACCAGUUGGAUUCGAGAAUCAACCGUAAGGCUUUCAGCGAAGAGGAGGAAGAGAGACUGCUGGCAGCGCACACAAUGUACGGAAACAAAUGGGCGAUGAUUGCUAGGUUGUUUCCUGGCAGAACAGACAACGCAGUGAAGAACCAUUGGCAUGUGAUCAUGGCCAGGAAACACAGGGAACACAACAGCGUUUACAGGAGGAGGAAACCCUCUUUCCCAAAUCCCCAAAUCCCUACUCAUUCCUCUGCUAAACCCUCUCAUUUCUUCACCAAUCUCCUAAAUGGUGAUGCAAAUGUGGAGCAUCAAUCGGAUUCCAACUCUGAAGUUUCUGCAUCUGAAUCAGCAGCCAACAAUAGGGCCAAUGUUUAUUGGUGUGGGGAAGAUGAGAAUGGGAAAUAUGACAAGGGAAACAUAGCAUUCAUUGAUUUUCUUGGAGUGGGGGCCACUUGAGGUGUGUUUCCAAUUUCCAUGAUUUCUUAUUUUUGGGGCUAUAUUUAUUAGUGUUUCUUGUUUUGGAAGGCUGGUUAGGAUCCUAGUUUUUAUUACAGACAGAGUGAUCGAGAAUUAGAAGGGAGAAAAGGAGCCAAAAACUAAUGAAACAAGAGUGGUCAUGUCAUGGGAGUCUAGUUAGACCUGGUAAACUGCUCAAAAAUGUGGAGCAUUUAUUGCACCUCUGUUUGGUUGUAUUGCAAAAGAGAGAAACCAACAAAAAUAGGUGGGAUUUGCAGCAGGUUAAAAAAAUAUGAGGUCCCUUCACUCUAUGUACGUAUUGUAAAUCCCAUAAAUGGUAAAAAGGGAAGAUUUUUACUGCUGUAAAACUCAUUGUAUUUUUUGUUUGGGAGGCUAGAUACAAAAUUAAUGUGUUGGCUGCAACUGCAACAAAACCAAAAGGGCUCUCUUGAUUUGCAUUUGUACCGUUUAUGUGUGUGUUUUUAACUGAGGCUGGAUGGUCAGUGAAUCAGACUAUUUUCAUGACUUUUCAA